CCUUUGCGCUCUUUCUUCCCUUCCCCUUCCGAGUUCCAACCAUCAACUCUCUCACGCUCUAUCUCUUGCCUGUCUCUUUUCCGUCGUGUUCCAUGGUGGCUGUGGGGUGACGAGAUGGGAAAGGCCGGGAGGUGGCUGAAGAGCCUGCUGGGCGGGAAGAAGCCGGCGGCCGAAGAGAGACCGACGAAGGAGAAAAGGCGAUGGGGCUUCGGCCGGUCAGGCCGAGACCGCGAGCGGGGCCAGUUGGCGGAGGAGAGGCGGGGGUCGCAGAGGGAAGACGGUGGCUGCGUCUCCACCGGUACCGCGGGUGUGGAUCCCGACAAGCGAGCGAUAGCGGUGGCCACGGCCACGGCCGCUGUGGCGGAGGCCGCGGUGGCCGCCGCCCAGGCAGCCGCCGCAGUAGUCCGGCUGACAAGCAGUGGACGUCGUUCCAUGGCGGGUGGCAAGAGGGAGGAGUGGGCGGCGACCCGGAUUCAAGCUGCCUUCAGAGGCUACCUGGCAAGAAGGGCACUGCGUGCGCUCAAGGGGCUGGUGAAGCUUCAGGCUCUGGUGAGAGGGCACAUAGUGAGGAAGCAGACAACGGCAACCUUCCGCUACAUGCAGGCGGUGGUCAGGGCCCAGGCUCGCGCCCGAGCCCACCGAGCCCACUACACCGAGCUCACUAACGCCCAACACCAUAACCUGGCUCGCACUCCCCACCCCAAGCCAGCAUCUGCCGGUCCACCGACGCCGGAGAAAAACGAACCCAGGGUCCGAGCCAACAGAACCAAACACCACCGGUCUCCUUCUGCUAAGAGCACGGUGAAGCCCAACUUUGUGGAAGCAGAAGCUGAUCGGACGCACGUCGGCCGGUCCUGGCUGGACCGGUGGAUGGACGGCCGUGGUGUGACGGCCGACGAGGAGAACGCUAAAAUCCUGGAGGUAGACCCCGGCAAACCACUGAACUCGAAGCGCAGGCCCGUCCUCCGUCCUUCCCACUCUGUUCACGCCACCUCCGACCGCAACAGCUACAGCCAGAGCUUCGGUACCACAGCAAUGCCCGAUUCUCCGUCAAGGGACUCCACCGCAGCUCACUUGUCGACCCCUUCGCCCUCCUCCGUCGAAAUGCCGGUCGACACGCUGAAUCCACUCCGGCUCCCUCAAGAAGACAGCGGCUGCAUCUUCGCCACCGCCGAGAACAGCCCCCAGUUCUUCUCGGCGUCGUCACGGCCGCGGAGCGGAAAACACGGCCCUUUCACCCCGUCGAAGGGCGAGUGCGCAAGGAGCUUCUUCGGCGGGUAUGCGGACUACCCCAACUACAUGGCCAACACCGAAUCGUGGAGAGCCAAAGCGCGGUCUCAGAGUGCGCCGAAGCAGAGGCCGGAAUUCGACAAGUCCAACUCCGUGAAGCGCCUCUCGGCGUACGGUUUCGCCGACGUGCGUUCGAGCUCGAGCAGCAUGCACUCUCAGAGGUCGUCAUUGCAUACGAAGUUCACCUCCAAGGCUUAUCCGGGUUCAGGACGGCUCGAUAGAUUGGGCAUGCCGCUUCGCACUGGCAGUGAAGUUGGCUACAGGAAUUAGCAACUGCUGAUCUUCUUCUUCUUCUUCUUCUUCUUCUCUGUGAUCUGCGAGAUAUAUAAGUAGGCGAUCCGAAUAACAGGUUUCUGUGUUUCAAUGGGAGACACCAAUUGCUUGGAUGCUUUUGAAAAGGCCCAAGACAUCGACUCUUUCUGGGCAUGCAAUUCCUUUGCCGACCCUGUUGUAUCCAAAAGCGUGGUUUUGUAAGGGGAGGUUGUAUUUCGUGUGAAGUUUGGUUAGUCGUUAACCCGCCGAGUCUGAUACUCUUUGACAUGCUUUUACAGUGUAAAAACUUGUUCUCUGUUUGAAUGAAAGUGUUUAGUUUC